CUCACCUGGGCAGGUGAGCCGCCAUGUUGCGGCGCUGAGCGGCAUGCGGGGCGGCGGGGCGGCGGCCGCCGGCGGCCUUCUCCUCCCGCGGGGGGCCCUGAUCCUGCUCGGUAUCUGCAAUGCUUUUUCCCUGGAUAUUAAAGCCAGUUCUAAAGUGCGAGCUUUCGUUGGUGAAAAAGUACUGCUGUCGUGCACGUUCAAAUCCAUUUCUCCCAUCACUGAGAGUCUGACAGUGGACUGGACGUACCGGCCCCUCACGGGUGGUCACAUGGAGACAAUUUUUCAUUAUCAGUCGGUUGCCUACCCAACAACAGUGGGAAAGUUCAAAGACAGGAUAUCCUGGGUUGGGAAUGUUGCCAAGGGUGAUGCUUCCAUCGCUAUCCAAAGCCCUGUGAUGAGCGACAAUGGGACGUUCAUCUGCAGUGUGAAGAAUCCUCCAGAUGUGUACCACAACAUUCCCCAGACAGUGCUGAUAGUUACAGAGAGGGGCUUUUCCUUCCAGCUGACUUCAGCGGUGCUGCUGUCCAUUUUAGUAUUUCUCCCUUCCAUCGUUGUGGUCAUUCUGAUGUUGGUGAGGUUGGGAAGGAAAUCUGGACUGCUAAAGGAGAAAAAAAAAUCUGGCUGCAAGAAAUCCUCUAUUGAAGUGUCUGAUGAGUCUGAACACACAGACACCUGCUCAGGGAGACUGAAAGCCUGGUGUUUGAACUGUGUGGACACAGAUGAGGAAGAGCCAUACUGAUGAAAGAUCAAAUUUAUGGAUAAAGAACAAAAUUACAAUGCUGAAAAUCUUGGCUAGAAAAUACAGAGGCUGCUGGAUAACCAAUGCAGAUUGGAGGACCUGUUCUCAUCUUGGUAUAUGGGAGUAAUAAUGCUCAUGGGAUAAUUCACUCUUACGUAUUUCAAAAAUCAUUAUUUUGAGCUUCUUUUUAAUUUAUUGGGGGGUGGGGGGGGGAGGGGGAAUUUUCCUGAAACCUCCCUUCUCCAGUGCCUACAGAAACCUCGGUGCCUACAGCUGUACAGCCUGUUUCCUACCAGCAGUCUGACAGUGUUUGUCUCUUAGUUUACUUCCUAAUUUGUUUCCUCUGUGGUUGGUGAUAUCCCUCCUUUCCUGCACCCUUAAAUUCAACUUGCCUGAAGAACAGACUACUCCAGAGUGACACAUCGGCUCUGUAAGGUGAUCAUUGUCAAGCACUGACAACAUAUUCUUAUUUUUUUUGCAAUGUACUAGCAAAGGACUUAAAACAGCCUGAUUGAGUUGGUAUAUGGCAUCCUUUGUCUUGGAGCAAAGAGAACCUACUGGUUUUUAAUUGUUUCUUGGCUUGAUCUACCACUUAAUUACAGGAUCACCAUUUUGUUCCUACUGUCUUCUUAUUUUAAGAACAUCUGCACAGCAGUGUUACCUUACAUUGUUGAGCUUUAUCUUUUUACUUGAACAGCUGCAUUACUAGGUACAUCUACUUGCAGACAUGAAGCACAGUUCAUAUACACCUUAUUUUUUUUAAAUCAGAAAUGCAGAUGAGGUGUCUGUGGAAAUGUAACCCCGUCUACCUCAACUACUGACUCAAGGAAUCGUGCCAAGGAAUGUUCCAUGUUCAGAAGAACUGUCUUGUUCCUCCUCUCUUCUAGUGAGACGGUUCAUUUUUGGGAAACAGUUAAACAUGUGUCAUUACUGCCCUGUAAAAAGGAGACUACUUUCUCUACCACCAACCUUGCCCAAUAGCAUAUAGCAGGGAGCAGCGGAACUCAUAGAAUGGCGUUCUUCAUGGGAGAGGUGCUCCAGUCCUCUGGUCAUCUUUUGUGGCCCUCCUCUGGGCCUGCUCCAACAGAUCCACAUCUUUCUUGUGCUGGGGGCUCCGCAGUCUGGGUACAGUGCUCCGGGGGGGCUCUCACAGCUCUGUUCUAACACCUAAAGAGCUGCUGGUUUUUUCUUCCUUUUGGUAUGUGGCAUCAAUCAAAUAGUCUUCUUCCAUAUGUUUCAAGUUUACUGUUGGCUUUUAUGUGCCAUUGCCAAUAAAUUGCAUUGUUUUAUUCUA